AUGAGGCGCGAUCGAUUCGUCGGCCAGGAAUUUUCGCCGAAGAGCCAUGACUGCAAUGCCACCGGCAAGAAGAUUCGUGGCAAUCGACGUCAGGAGAGCCACUCGCUCUACGAGGAACCAACGUGGGAGAUGGUGACGGUGACGGUACCAGUGUCGGUGACGAUGGGCGCAAUGGUGGUGGUGGAGGCGACUUCCGCGGCUCGCGUCGCGCUUUUUUUCGUCCCUGUCCUGCACCUGCGCUCGCGUUGCCGCGCCUCGUAUAAAUCGCGGCGCCGAGGAGAGGAGCGAAGAGACGACGGCGGUUGCGGCUACGGCUACGGCGGCGGUGGCAGCGGCGGUGGCGGCGGUGGCGGCGACGGUGGUAGCGACGGUGGUGGCGGCGGCGGUGGCGGCGGCGGCGACGGUGGUAGCGACUGUGGUGGCGGCGGCGACGACGGCGGUCGCCCCGCCCUUCCCGCGCGCACGCCAGCUGCUUGCUGCCGAUUCACGACUCACCUUUUCUGCGUCUUCGCCUUCGCCUUCGCCUUCGCCUUCGCUUUCGUCUUUGCUUUCGCCUUCGCCUUCGCCUUCGCCUUCGCCUUCGCCUUCGCCUUCGCCUUCGCCUUCGCCUUCGCCUUCGCCUUCGCCUUCGCCUUCGCCUUCGCCUUCGCCUUCGCCUUCGCCUUCGCCUUCGCCUUCGCCUUCGCCUUCGCCUUCGCCUUCGCCUUCGCCUUCGCCUUCGCCUUCGCCUUCGCCUUCGCCUUCGCCUUCGCCUUCGCCUUCGCCUUCGCCUUCGCCUUCGCCUUCGCCUUCGCCUUCGCCUUCGCCUUCGCCUUCGCCUUCGCCUUCGCCUUCGAAAUUUAG